GUUGCUUCACGUUUCGAACUACCAAAUCUCAUUGUAAUCUCGUUCAUCAAAAUGGUAGAGCGAUUGCAAACGUUCUUAUUUGUGUUCAAAUCAAAGGACAGACGGAAAUGGUCAUGGUUGUCGUCACUUCUGUGUUCAACUUUAUUGGUGUUAUUGUUUUGUGACGAUGCCCACACAUGCGAUUGCGGCUCAAAGGCAGUUGGGUGCGCUCCGGACACAGGCAAGUGCUUCUGCAACACCAAGGGCUAUGUGGGAGACCGAUGCGACGAGUGUGACAACAGGAAUCAUUACUACGCCGAUGUACACAAUAAGGCCUGCUACUAUGAACUAGCAGUAGACUACCAAUACACGUUUAAUCUGUCAAAAAAGGAAGACCGACACUUAUCCGCAAUCAAUUUCCGCAACGCGCCCGUGAAGCCGGACGUAGACGCGGACUUCAACAUCACGUGCUCGUCUCACGCGCGGAUGAACCUCACCGUGCGGACGAAAGGAGAUCCCACUGAGCGGACUCUGUUGAGUAAUGUGAACUGCACUCAUUUUAAAUACAAGUUCACUAAAUCGGAGCACGCGUUCGGCAGUGAAGACAACGUGACGCUGACCACGUUCUUCGUCUACGUUUACGACUUCAAACCGCCACUAUGGAUACAGGUUUCGUUCGCGCAAUACCCGAAAUUGAAUGUAGAACAACUCAUCACAACUCUCGGGACGUUAUCGGUAUUACAAGGACUAAGGGGCGGGCAAUGAAAUCUUACAUGCACUGUAUUUUAUUUAAUAAAGUACAAAGAACAGCUUGCUGGAUUUUAUACUUUGGCCUUUGAGCCGUCUUCGCACACACUCCACAUAGCCCCGCACUAGGUUGACCCUGUGUCGCGAAUACCAUAGACACCUACAAAGACAAUCACUCAUUACACCCAAACUCACCAGAGAAAUAAAUGCAGGUCAUGCAAAUAUAUCUCCCGGCCCGGAAAUCGAACCUGGGCCCUCUGUAUGGCAGUCCUGCAUAGUAACCGUUCGGCCACGGAGACAAUUAAGAAGCUUCUCUUUCUUAUCGUACAAAACUUAAGUCUAUAAAGAAAGAGAGAAAGAAAGAUAAACAUUUAUUCAUGAAAUUGAGUCACUAUACACUCUUAAAUCUAAUACUUAACACUAAAACAACAAAUGGCUGCGUGAUUUUAAGUUAGUAAGUGUGUAUAGUGGCGCAAAAGAAGAAAAGCAUACGACUCAGCAAUAUUCCUGUCUCAGGCGAGACAUACGCUGAUUUUCAGUCGUUGGUGUUUCAGCGUCGGCUGAGACCUAAGGAAAUGGUACAUGCUCUGUGUAUCCUCUGUUUUAUGCCACACUACACAUUUACAAUACACGUGUGCUACAUGUAUACUAUAUUAUAUAAAAGCUACAAGUAAACAUACAUAAAUAUAAAUCGGUUAGAAGACAAGAGUUAGGAACAUCCGGCAUCAGAGCAUA